UCCUAGAAGGCUCCGUACUCCAUUUCUUUAAUUUAUUUUUUGUACUUCUCAAUUUUUCAGAUGUUACUUUUUCUCCUUCUCAUCUCUUUACCUUCUUCACUGACCUGACCUGACCUUUUUCUUCCCUCUCUCACUUUCUUCCAUUCUCACUGUACCCUCUCGGCCUCUCAUGAUCUACUCAUCGUUUAGCUCUUCUCAAAAAUAAAAAACUCAUCGUUUAGUUCUUUGUUUCCUCUCAGGAGCACUGAAAUUUCUAGGAAGUGGAAGUACUCAGAAAAAUAUAAUAAAACAGACCAGUGGAAAUUUCUUGUAAUAUUUCCUAAAAGGAGCACUGAAAUUUCAUCACUUUCAAAAUUCUAGGUCCUCUCCAAAUUCUCUCCCUAUUCUUCUCUCUCUUCAUUUGCAAAUUUCAGAUUGGAUUCGACGCUUUUUCAAAACUACGCAAGUCUGGUUGGGGAUCAAAUCUAUUUUUCUAAUGGCUUUAUUGGACAUGAAGACGGACUCGUCAUCUUUCCCAAGUUCUUCUUCAGCUGCUGUCCGAUGGAAUUAUGACGUCUUUCUCAGUUUCAGAGGCAAGGACACCCGCUACAAUUUUGUGGGUCAUCUUUAUGAAGCUUUGAUACAAAAAGGCAUUCACAUUUUUAAAGACGAUAUAAACCUUGACAGAGGAAGACCCAUCUUACCAGAGCUGUUGAAAGCAAUAGGGGAGUCGAGAUUUGCUAUUGUCAUUAUCUCAGAAGACUACGCAUCUUCAGAUUCGUGUUUAGUUGAACUUGCACACAUCAUUCACUGCAAGAAAGAGAUGGGAAUGACAAUUCUGCCUGUUUUUCACCAUGUGGAUCCAUCCAAUAUACGGAAACAACUGGGAACUUUUGAGCAGGCAUUUAUUGAACAUGAAAAAAAGGAGAACAAAGAGACGGUGGAGAAAUGGAGAGAUGCUUUGAGAGAAGUGGGCAGCCUGAGCGGAUGGCAUUUAAAGGAAUAUUGCUCUGAGAUAGAAAACAUCAAAGACAUCGUGGGAUGUAUAUCGCUUCACUUGAAAUAUGAUGCAUUACCAUACAUUGCCAAGGACCUAGUAGGAAUAAACUCUCGAAUGGAGGAAUUUGAGUCGCAUUUAGCUUUAGGGUCAAACGAUGUUCGCUUUAUAGGGAUUUGGGGGAUGGGGGGAAUGGGCAAGACAACUCUUGCUAGAGUUGUUUAUUAUAUGGUUUCUAUUAAAUUUGAAGCUUGUAGUUUUAUUGAGGAUGUUAGGGAAAGAUCUGAAAGAGAUGGUUUAGUUACACUACAACAGGAUCUUAUUUCUGAUAUUUUGAAGGGAACAGAUUUGAAAAUUAGAGAUAAGUAUGAUGGAGUUAUCAAUAUCAGGAAUAGGUUACGUUGUAAAAGGAUUCUUCUUGUCCUUGAUGAUGUAGAUAAAUUGGACCAGUUGAAAUUCUUAGUUGGGGAGCAUGAUUGGUUUGGUCCGGGCAGUAGAAUUAUCAUAACAACAAGAGAUGAGCAUGUGUUGAAAACACAUGAAGUAAAUGAAAUAUAUGAAGUUGAUGGAUUGAAUGAUGAACAUGCUCUUCGACUAUUUUCAUCAAAAGCCUUUAAAGGCAAACAUGUCCCAAAUGAUUAUUUAGAGCUGUCUAAACAUUUUUUGAAUUAUGCUAGGGGCCUUCCAUUAGCUCUUGAGGUUUUAGGUUCAUUUUUGAAUGGAAAAAGUAUUGCUGAAUGGAAAAGUGCAUUAGAGAGGCUCAAAGAUUUUCCUGAGAGAAUCAUUCUCCAAGCACUUAAAAUAAGUUUCGAUGGACUCCGUGAUGCAGAGAAGGAAAUAUUCCUGCAUAUUGCAUGCUUCCUUAACCACAAGGAGAAAGAUCAUGUAUUAGAAGUACUGGAUAGUCUUGGCCUUCAUCCUGUCAUUGGAUUGAAGGAACUCAUUGAUAAAUCCCUCUUGAAAAUUACGUAUAUGCAUAUAGUGUGGAUGCAUGAUUUACUAGAAGAAAUGGGGAAGGACAUAGUUCGUAACGAGUGCCUUAAUGAUCCUGGAAAGCGUAGUAGAUUGUGGUGUUAUAAGGACAUUGAAAGCGUGUUGAAAAAAAAUAAGGGAAUGAAAGCAGUUCAAGCCAUGCAUAUUUUGUGUAAUUAUGAUAAAGAUGAACAUGAAGUAAAAGAGACAUGUUGGAGCCCUGAGGCCAUUUCGCAAAUGUACAAUCUUAAAUUUCUUAGAAUUUAUGGUAUUUUCCAGGAUCCUCAACAUCUUCCAAAUUCUUUAAGAGUUCUCUGUUGGAGUUAUUAUCCUUCAAAUUCUCUACCGUCAACUUUCCAGCCAGAUGAGCUUGUUAUGCUUUGUUUGCCACAUAGCAGAAAUGAACAACUUUGCAUAGGAAUAAAGAAUUUUGACAAGUUGAAGAUCAUCGACUUGUCUUCGUCGGGCUUCAUUAUAUCCCCAGACUUCACUGGAGUCCCAAAUCUUGAGAAAUUAAAUCUUUCAUCUUGUCAAAAAUUACGUGAGCUUCACCCAUCCGUUGGAAUUCUUAAAAAGCUUGUUCAUUUUGAUCUAAAGUUUUGCGAAAAUCUUGUGUGUCUUCCUAACACCAUUUGUAGUUUGAAUUCACUUGAACGGCUUGAUCUUUGUGGAUGCUCAAAUUUUGACAACUUGCCGGAGAACCUAGGGAAUCUCAAAGGUCUCAAGAUGCUUUAUUUGAGUGGAACAGCUAUAAAAGAGCUGCCUUCAUCAAUUGAUGGUUUGACAACCCUUACUUCGUUGACUCUUAACGAUUGUAAGAAUCUUGUGUGUCUUCCUAGCACCAUUUGUAGUUUGAAAUUGCUAGAACGUCUUGAUCUUUCUAGAUGCUCAAAUUUUGACAACUUGCCGGAGAACCUAGGGAAUCUCAAAGGUCUCGAGGAGCUUUAUUUGAGUGGAACAGCUAUAAAAGAGCUGCCUUCAUCAAUUGAUGGUUUGACAACCCUUACUUCGUUGACUCUUAACGAUUGUAAGAAUCUUGUGUGUCUUCCUAGCAGUUUGAAUUCACUUGAAAGGCUUGAUUUUUGUGGGCGCUCAAAUUUUGACAACUUGCCGGAGAACCUAGGAAAUCUCAAAGGUCUCAAGAACCUUCACUUGAGUGGAACAGCUAUAAAAGAGUUGCCUUCAUCAAUUGAUGGUUUGACAACCCUUACUUCAUUGACUCUUAACGAUUGUAAGAAUCUUGUGUGCCUUCCUAGCACCAUUUGUAGUUUGAAAUUGCUAGAAUGUCUUGAUCUUUAUGGAUGCUCAAAUUUUGACAACUUGCCGGAGAACCUAGGGAAUCUCAAAGGUCUCGAGGAGCUUUAUUUGAGUGGAACAGCUAUAAAAGAGCUGCCUUCAUCAAUUGAUGGUUUGACAGCCCUUACUUUAUUGAGUCUCAAAGAUUGUGAGAAUCUUGUGUGUCUUCCUAGCACCAUUUGUAGUUUGAAAUUGCUAGAACGUCUUGAUCUUUCUAGAUGCUCAAAUUUUGACAACUUGCCGGAGAACCUAGGGAAUCUCAAAGGUCUCAAGAUGCUUUAUUUGAGUGGAACAGCUAUAAAAGAGCUGCCUUCAUCAAUUGAUGGUUUGACAACCCUUACUUCGUUGACUCUUAACGAUUGUAAGAAUCUUGUGUGUCUUCCUAGCACCAUUUGUAGUUUGAAAUUGCUAGAACGUCUUGAUCUUUCUAGAUGCUCAAAUUUUGACAACUUGCCGGAGAACCUAGGGAAUCUCAAAGGUCUCAAGGAGCUUAAUUUGAGUGGAACAUCUAUAAAAGAGCUGCCUUCAUCAAUUGAUGGUUUGACAGCCCUUACAUCAUUGACUCUCCAAGAUUGUGAGAAUCUUGUGUGCCUUCCUAGCACCAUUUGUAGUUUGAAAUUGCUAGAAUGUCUUGAUCUUUAUGGGUGCUCAAAUUUUGACAACUUGCCGGAGAACCUAGGGAAUCUCAAAGGUCUCAAGAACCUUCACUUGAGUGGAACAGCUAUAAAAGAGUUGCCUUCAUCAAUUGAUGGUUUGACAACCCUUACUUCAUUGACUCUUAACGAUUGUAAGAAUCUUGUGUGUCUUCCUAGCAUCAUUUGUAGUUUGAAUUCACUUGAAAGGCUUGAUCUUUAUGGGUGCUCAAAUUUUGACAACUUGCCGGAGAACCUAGGAAAUCUCAAAGGUCUCAAGAACCUUCACUUGAGUGGAACAGCUAUAAAAGAAUUGCCUUCAUCAAUUGAUGGUUUGACAACCCUUACUUCAUUGACUCUUAACGAUUGUAAGAAUCUUGUGUGUCUUCCUAGCACCAUUUGUAGUUUGAAUUCACUUGAAAGGCUUGAUCUUUGUGGGUGCUCAAAUUUUGACAACUUGCUGGAGAACCUAGGAAAUCUCAAUGGUCUCAAGAACCUUCACUUGAGUGGAACAGCUAUAAAAGAGUUGCCUUCAUCAAUUGAUGGUUUGACAACCCUUACUUCAUUGACUCUUUGGAGUUGCAGAAAUCUUGUGUGUCUUCCUAACACCAUUUGUUGUUUGAUAUCGCUUGAAUGUCUUGAGAUUUCUGGGUGCUCAAGUUUUGAAUACUUGCCAGAGAAUCUAGGGAAUGUCAAAGGCCUAAAGAAGCUUGGUUUGAGUGGAUCAGCUAUAAAGGAGUUGCCUUCAUCAAUUGAACGUUUGAUGCACCUUACUUCAUUGAAUUUGCUUGAUUGCUUUAAUCUUGGGUGUCUUCCUAACACAACUUGUGGUUUUAAGUUCCAUGGCACUCUUGAUCUUUCUACAUGCUCAAGAUUCAAAAACUUGCCAGAGAUGCCAUGGAUAAUCGAAGGUCUAUUGAUGCUUGAUUUGAGUAAUACAGUUAUAGAAGAGAUGCCUUCAUCAAUUGGCCGUUUGACUGACCUUACUGCAUUGACUCUAAGAUUUUGCAUGAAUCUUGUGCGCCUUCCUAGCACCAUUUGUAGUUGGAAAUCGCUUGAAUCUCUUGAUCUUUUAGGAUGUUUAAAAUUCAAAAACUUGCCAAAGAACAUAGGAAAUAUGAAAGAUUUGGAGGUGCUCAAUUUGUGUUGGACAUCCAUAAUAGAGUUUCCUUCUUCCAUUGUUCUCCUUAAAAAUCUCAAACAUCUAUAUAUUCGUGGAUGGAAAUUAUCUGAAUUUUAUUCCCAGUCAGCAAGUCUUGAGUUGAUGGACCCAUUAUGGAAUUUACCAUUUUCCCAGCCAACGAGUCCUCAGGAGUGCAUAGGAUUGCCGUCAUUUUUAUAUUCUUCCCUGCCAACAAGUCCUGUUUUAGUGGGCUUAUUAUUGCCUUCCUUAUCGGGUCUGCAUUCUUUAACAUAUUUGUGUAUUAAUGAUUGCGAUCUUUUGUCAAUCCCCGAUGACAUUGGCUGCCUGUCAUCUUUAGAAUGCUUAAACCUAAGUGGAAAUAAUUUUGUUUCCCUUCCUGAAAGCAUGUCCCAACUCUUUAAUCUUCGAAGACUCUAUUUGGAGGGUUGCAAGAGGCUUCAAUCAUUGGGAAAUGUUCUGUCAACUAUUGAUUCUGUAAUUGCAAACGAUUGUAGCUCACUGGAGAGAUUGCCAGAACUACAAUUUUAUCCUUUUAUGUCAAAUCACUCCCUUUUCCAAUGUUUCAACUGCUUCAAAUUGGUUGACUAUAUUCAAAAUGGCAGUAACAUGCUUCAGGGACUACCAAAUAUUGUUAUUCCUGGAGGUGAAAUUCCAAAAUGGUUUAGCAAUGAGUUUCAGGGUGAUAACAUACAAUUGUCUUUUCCUGGGUGUGAUGAGCUAAUGGGAAUUGUGUUGUGUGUUGUUUUUGUACCCAAUGGGUCACAUCAAUAUCAUAGAAAUUGGAAUUUUACAUGUAUUUUUCAGCUCAAUGGACUUAAGAUUGCAGAUUUCUCACAAUCUUAUUAUUUUACGACAAAAUAUGGUAGAAUUGAAUCUCCUCAUAUUUGGCUGCUAUAUUUGUCCACUCACCGUUCCGUCUCCAAUUGGGGCAAAAUAUGUAGUCGCAUUGAUGCCAAUGGAUUCCGUCAACUCAAGAUUCAAAUAUUUGCAGAGGUGGUGGAGAAAAUUGGGGUUCAGUUGGUAUACAAGCAAGACAUGGAAGAUCCCAAUCAAACCAUGGCACAGUGCAUCAGCAACAACAGCACACUGUAUGAGGAUUUUGGCGUAGUACAUCAUGAUAUUGACAAUUCACCCAUAGAAAGUAGCAGAAAUAAGCAAAGCCGUGAUGUGGAUGAUGGGGCUGGACCUAGUGGAGAAGGCUACUCUAAUGAGGAACCACAGCCAAAGUGGAUUCAAGGGGAAAUUUUCGACUACUUUGCCAUGGAAGGAGGGGAUCAAAUAUCCAAGAAGCUUGAAUCCAUUCACGGAGGGAAGGAGGAUAUUUACCAAGACAUUGAAGAUCCCAAUCAAACUUUGACACAGUUAAGCAUUAACAGCAGGAAGCUCUAUGAGGAACUGGGUGAUCUCAGCCAUGAUUCUUACAAUUCAGCUGCAGAAGGUAGCAGAAUUAAGCGAAGACUUGAUGAGGAAGAUGGGGCUGGACCUAGCGGAGAAGGCUACUCUAACAAUGAACCACAUCCAAAGACUCGGAGGAUGUAUGGCUGAUAUUAGGAAUUUUCGACUUCUUUGCCUUUCUUUCAUCAGGUUUGAAUAAUACAGAUUUUUUUCUUUACUUGUUGGGGAACUUUUUUAUAAUGGAAGGAGAGUGCUACUAUAAUGAGGAUCCACAGCCAAAGAGCAUUCAAAACUCAAAGGAUUAAUAGCUGAUUUUGAAGAAUCUAAUGAAAAUGACCUGGAAGGCUAAACGUUUGCUGUUCAUUACCUACAUCUGAGAAGCUUGAAGCCUUUGCCAAAGUGGAUAGUUAGAAGAGCGUCAACGUAGAAGUAUUAGCCAAGUAGCUAUGCUCCUCUCACACUCACCUUGGGCUCUUGCGAAAGUGGUCAAGGACCCAAAAUGAUAUAAAUCCUUCAUAUCAACCCCUUCUUGUUAACACAAAGUUACUAUCAAAUGGGUUGGAGAAGUAUAAUGGAAGCUAGAAAGGUUGCACAGUUGAGCUACUGUUGGAUGAUAGUGAUGGAAGACAGGUUAACAUCUGGGAAGAUAGGCAGCUGCUAACACCAAGUACAUCCAGGGUGGUUUUACUAACAAAUCCUCAAUCUGCAGCAAACUAUGUGUGUGACGUGCUGGAUGGUAAUGCAAAGACUUGCAGAAGGAUUGUUAUGUACAGUUUGUUCAUGCCACAAGAAUCUGCUGUCAUUUAAAGCAUUCCGUGAAAUUCUCAACAUUUUGAUUACAGUAUCUUUUGGGUGGGCGCAAAAAUUGGAGAUUUUCCAAUAUGGAGUGCAUAUGAUUUGUCAGACCACGAGGCAGUGUCAGGUUUAGAAGAGGCUUCAAACAAUCACAGCUCACCAAUUAUGGGGAAGAAACUGUGGAAGGCUCGGGUUCCUAACAAGAUUGUUUUUCAUGGCCUGCUCUUUGGUUUAUCUUACCCACAAAGCCUCAUCUAUUUUCCAAAUGCAUCAUCUCGUUGGUAAUUUGUGAGCAGUGUAAUGAAGUUCCUGAAACCAGUUUACAUGCUUUGUGGUCUUGCCCAGACGCCAAAGGUAUGGCAAUUACUUGAAGGCAUAAACUUUAUCCCACGCUAACCUAUAACUGGACUGAUCUAUUCUACUGGAUGCUGCACCACAAGAAUACUUUGUCACUGAAACUAUUUCCCACUCUGUCAUGGAAAUUAUGGCGCACAAAAAUGUAGAAAGAUUUGGGGAACCAGGAGUACAGAAAUCCACUUGGUAUAUAUGGGUAUGGAGAUGCAUGAACACUACUUGGCUGCAAAAUUUCGUCUGAGAUACUGCAGAAAAUACAUAUCCUAAUAUGGAAGCCCCCACAGUUACCUUACUCCAAGGUAAAUGUUGCAGUGAUUAGAGAUUUCAAUGUAAAUUUUGUUGCAGCUAAGGUUGAGGCGAUUGUGAGCCAAUGCUGGCUGGAGGCUCAUUUUGCAGGAUUCUGGCAUGUCCUACAAUUUUUUAACCAGCAGGGAAUUCAAGAGUUUCAACUUGAGAGCCACUUUAGUAUUGCCAAAUUGCCAUUGCUGCUUCUAACAUAUAUUCCCUGCCGCAACACAACCCCCCCCCCCCCCCCCCCACACAAAAAAAAAAAGUGACCUGAAAUGCUCUGUUCAACAAAGAAACUAGCAAUAUCUAAUUUCAGAUGCUGCGAGUUUAAUUUUGUGGACAAAAGUUGUAAUAAUGCUCCUCUAGUUUUAGCAGAUCUUGGAUGUAAAAAUUGCGCCACUGAGAUUUGGCUACUUGAUAAUUUUGUGAAAUGCAAAGUGAAUCCUGCCGCUUUUAUUUAAAA